ACAACGUUUUAUGUAACGUGUAGACCAGAGAGGUUCGGCAACAGUUCCAGCUGGCUCUCAUGCUGUAUUGUACAGAGAUGGCUAAACAAUUUGUAACAGAAUAGAAUAGCUGGUAUCAGACGCUGUAUGUCACCGCUGAACAAUGUCUCUCCAGGCUCCCGAAGAAGAAGACCCGUUGAAGGAGAAAGGGGGAUUUUUCAUAGCGCCCGAAAGCGACUUCGAUUGGGACGAAGAAGAGGACCAUGUAGAUCACCAGAGACUCAUUUUAUUAAAAGCUGACGCUUUGGCGUCAGAAAACCGUCUUAAAGAAGCCGUCGAUAUAUUUUCUAUGGCUUUGAGGUAUGGUUCUGUACGACCAGAUCAGCUCACUACCUUGGUGGAGUGCAUUCUGCGGAACUUCAAGAAAAAGGUUGAGGAGGAAACGCCUUCGAUUUUGAUAAACACUCAUCAGGCAGGUGCCGAGGAUGACAUCUUCAACUGCCCAGGAUGUCACGUAUUUCUUGGCGAACCUGUCACGGUCAUCUGUGGGCAUUCUUACUGUAGGAAAUGUUUACAACUGGGCAUUUUCUCUAAAUGUAAGGUGUGCAAUGAGGACUUAAGGAUAAGGCCAGGACUGUGCCGAACAAAUGUGAUUCUCAACGGACUUUUCGAAAAAUGUUUCCCCGAUGAAAUGAAAAGGUCUAAAACGAUAACUGAGACAGAUUGUUUAAUCAGAGCAAAAAAGUUUGAAGAGGGUCUUGCAUUAGCUAACAGUGUAAUAAAUACGGACCCUGGUGAUGUUCGUGUCCGUGCUUCCCGUGCCGAUGCCUUGGUGGGGCUGGGGCAGCAUCUGAAGGCCCUGGAAGAUCUGGACAUUUGCUUGACCUCUGCCCCCUCACCAGAGGGCUAUUACCGUAAGGCCAAGGUCUUGCAAGAGAUGGGUGAGGUCGAUGAAUCACUUCAAGUCUUCCUGCACUGCCUGGCUUUGGAUGAAAACUUCUGUCAAGCCAAGCGGGAAGUAGAGCUGAUCCUCCAUAGCCUGCUGUCUCCGGCCUGUGACAGUGUGAAGGUUGGCCUGCGUGACACGGCCCAUAACACCUCCCAGCACCUGCGCAGCAAGGCCCAGGUGUCAGACCUCUCCCAGGAGAAGAGUCAUUCCCAUGCUCCAGUGCAGCAGCAGCAGGUCCCCUGCUCCCCUCAGCGUCAGGCACCUCUCCGGGCCGCUUCUGCCCACCCCCAUCCAGGCCCUCCUGAGAAGGCGGGUCGGUCUGAGAGUCUGGAGCGGUCAGGCCUGAGCCGAGCUCACUCCCUACGCACCCACGGUGGGAUCGGAGAGGAGGGCCUGAAGCGGGUCUGCUCCGCGCCCCAGUUAGGUGACCAGGAAAAGGCCUUACUGCUCAAAAGGAAGUUGUCAUCAUCAGGAGCCGGAUCGUCUGUUGUCCACAGCGGAGCCAACAAGCAUAAAAAGCAAGGAGUGACCGCAAGUGCUCGCGGUAGCAGAACCUCCCCUACCUCCCACAGGACUCUGAGCAGGGACUUGCUGGACCCCAAUGACUUUGAGUGCUCCCUCUGUAUACGAUUGUUCUAUGAGCCAGUGACGACACCCUGCGGCCAUACCUUCUGUAAAAGCUGUCUGGAGCGCUGUUUAGACCACACACCUCAGUGCCCCCUCUGCAAAGAGAGUCUGAAAGAGUAUCUUGCCGCUAGAAAAUACAACGUUACAAGUGUCCUGGACAGUGUAAUAAAGGAGCACCUAUCAGAAGAGCACUCGGAGAGGGAGAUGGUCCACGUGGAGGAGACCAAAGAGCUGUCUGACCUGACGAAGAAUGUGCCCAUCUUUGUGUGCACCAUGGCCUAUCCCACAGUGCCUUGCCCACUGCACGUCUUUGAGCCGCGCUACCGCCUCAUGAUCCGCCGCUGCAUGGACACGGGCACACGCCAGUUCGGCAUGUGCAUCAAUGACUCCCAGAAGGGGUUUGUGGACUACGGCUGCAUGCUCUUGAUCCGGAGCGUCCACUUCCUUCCUGACGGACGCUCAGUGGUGGACACCAUCGGGGGGAAGCGCUUCCGUGUGCUUUCCCGCAGCAUGAAGGACGGAUACUGCAUUGCUGACAUACAGUACCUAGAAGACACCAAGGUGAGUGAUGGCGAGGAGCUGCUCAAACUGCAGGAGCUGCACGAUCAAGUGUAUGAGCAAGCCUGCACCUGGUUCCAGAACCUCAAAACCAGAUUCCGCAACCAGAUUCUACAGCACUUUGGGCCAAUGCCUGAGAGAGAAGCAGACAUCCAGGCUACUCCUAACGGGCCGGCGUGUUGCUGGUGGCUGCUGGCGGUGCUGCCGGUGGACCCGCGCUAUCAGCUGUCCGUGCUCUCCUUGCCCACGCUACGCGAGCGCCUGCUUAAGAUCCAGCACAUCCUCACCUACCUGCAGAGCAUCCCCAACGAAUAGAGCUUCCAGACGCCGCCACGCACACACACACACACACACACACACACAUACUGUACACGCACACACACGCACAUACACGCACACACAUACACACACACACAUACUGUACACGCACAUACACACACGCACAUACACACACACACACGCACGCACAUACACACACGCACAUACAGACACACGCACAUACACACACACAUACCAGGCAAGAGACAGAUUUCUCAGCGUCAGACAGCCGACUUGUGCCCGUCCGUCUGCCCUGUCUUGGCAUGGUCCGAUGUCUGGGGAUGAUGGAGUGAUGGCAGAUGACCUCCUUGCAGCAGCUGCAGCAGCCUCGGACGUGGAAACUGAGACACUACCAGCACCAACACUUACCCAACACACACCAUCUUCUGAUGUCUCUCUCUCAUGCUGACUAUUCUUCUUUCCUGACCUCUCCCUUCUUCCCCCUCUCUUUCAGACUCCUCUCUCUCUCUCUCUCUCUCUCACUCUGAUCAGUCUUCAUGCUCUGAUAUUUCUCUCUCGGACUGUCUGCAUGUACAUCAGUGGCAAAACAUUUAUGCCAGCACAAGCACUCUGUCAAAUCAUGUCCAUUUGACUGUCUAGGAAUGAGCUUUUCUGUCAUGGCCCAUGGUGGGCCAAGCAACAGAAAGGCAUGUUGGUCUUCAUAGUCUCAAUUUCAGGGACUUAGCUAUGUGUGUUACCCCAGAUGUGUGCCUGUGUUACUUUUAGGGUAGAUAAGUCUCGGAAUAUCCUGAAUGCUGAGGGAAUGCUCAAAUCCCAUUCUUCCUUAAUUCUCCUAAUUAAGGAUAGGUGAGAAAGUAAAGCAGAUCCAUAAACUUUCUUUUUUGAAAACACGGUGGGGAAAAGAAUGCAAGAAACAAAGUGCCGGUUUACAAAACAAAAAGAACACAACUUUUUACGAAUCUUAAUCUUCCAAGCGUCAGGCCUCUUCUGUCACUAAGUUUAUUACGCCGAGUACGCACAAAGCGGCCACCCCAUAGCUACGGGUUGGCCACAAAUCCACUACUUUGUUGACAGAGGGAAACAAAGUGUGAUUGGAGGAGGGUACAUUUGACCCAUGAUUUUAUUUGUUUGUAUUUUUUCUGUUGGUUUCCAUGACCGCCAAGCAUAUUGAUCAUUAAAAAAAAAAGAAAAGAAAUUAAAACCACAAACACGCACAAUGCACCUGCAUCCACCUGAUGAACUGUGAUGGGCAGAAGGGGAUUGCCAUUACCACAUGGCGGUCCAGUCUCUGGAACCAAUAGGGACGAACGGUGUCUCAAAAUCCGAGCCUCUGUCCACUCAGCAGACGCAGGGGUCAUAGUUAGAUAGAUGGGCUGGGGUGGUUGACUCUGUAGGCUUGGGUGUAAGCAGGAGCUCAGCUUCAGUUGAGUUGUAAGGAUAUAUAUCGUUCUUUGAUUCACAAAACUAUCUUUGAGAAAUAUGUUGUCCUUCUAAGCCAAAAGUCCUAGUACCUGGUCAGUCCAAUGUCAAGCAAGAAGAAAUCUGUUUUGUAAGGUGGAAGAUAUACCUGUAUUAUGACCACGUGUUUGCGUUGGAACUGAGCCGAGAGGCAACGUGCAGUGUUUUGAUGGGCUUGCAAAAACUGAACGAAUCUUUUAUCUGGAGUCUUGUUUCUCUGACGACCCAGUGGGACACCUGACAUUUUUGCCUUACAUCACACUCGCAUUCUGCCACGUUGGCGCAGGGCAUCAGCAUCCCUCAACCUUUUUUUCUGUUCUGGCUUUGCAUUCCUUUUGCUGGAGUUAAUCAUUCUGGUGUUAUUUUACUUCCAGUCGCCAUCUUGUGGCCAAAUCAGUGUGUACAGAACAUUGAAGGGAAAAAAAUGAGAAACAGAAAUAAAAAUAAACAAAUGUCCAGUAAACUGCUCUGUUGUAUUUAAAUCAUUUGUACAAAGUAGUAAUCAACAGAUUGUUUUUUUUUUUGUUUUUUUUGAAAAUAUCUCACUUUUUUCUGCUUGCAUAUUUAAGUUAUUAAUUUUCAUUAAUAAAAGCUAUUUUUUCACCAUGUCCUUA